AGCGAGUACUAGUCAAGGCAACUAGAACAUAGACUAGACUAACAGAGGCUUACAUAUGACGUGGCGAUAUGCAUGUAGACAAUGCCACUGUAACGAAUCGCCGCGAACCUUCCGUGCACAGCCGUGGACUCUUCUAGAGGCGAUUAUCGCGGCGUUGCUGUUGCGUUGCUGACCUCACCUGUGGCUGCCUUCCGUUUCAGGCGAACAAUGGUGUAUCAAAGCUGCCACCGUGACGUUCCUCUUUGGGCCACAAUCAGCAGUCAGCGAUGUUGCCAGGCGACAAUCGAUGGGAUAGAGAAUGCCAGGAGGAGCGCCUUGAUGGUCCUUGUUCCCAAAGAAGCAACUUGAAGGUUGGCCAGGCGUGGUAUUUGAACGUUCAAGUUCAACACCGCUUCCAUCACUCGCGCGUCCACAUCGCUAUUCUGCCCACAUCGUCAUGUCCGCUCCUGGCGUUCGUAAAGCCUCCGCCAUACCUUUCACGAUGUCCUCCCUUCCGACGUCCCCCGCCAAUGGUCAGCCCUCCGAGGCUCAACCGGAAACGCAGCAGGCUAAGCCAGAAAGACGGUUCGACCAGCUUCCUAUUGGACUCAAUCAGCGAGAGCCCAUCUUCAGCGUCAAGUUCCAGGGACAAGAUGGCGAGCCUGGUGCCGCCCUGUGGAAGUUUUUGGAAUUCGGAGAUUGCGGCUACGACCGCGGGAAUGGGCGAUUGGACGAGGAGAAAGCGCGUUACUGCGUCGACCUGAACAAGGGGCUCGGCCCGAAGGCCAAUGAAUAUGGCUGGGUCUUUCACAAGUGCGAGUGGCCAGGCUAUGAACACGAGGGUUUCGCGAUGUGCCAUCUCUGGGACAUAACUACAAGGUGUGAGCUCGGAAAAGAAAUCGCAGUUGAUUGGGUUGGCUACCUACGCCAAUGCGCGCAAAUACUCAAGCCGGAGACAGACCUAUUCGAGCCGAAUCCAGUUGUCGACGGAAUCGAAUUUAAGCGGAUUUACCUGUCGGAAUUCUACGCAACCGACUGGCGCGAGUGGGAGGCCAAGCUGUGGGUAGAACUGCCCGAUGGGAUGCGUAGCUUGAAUUUUCUCCGCAGGUAGUCUUCUGCGUCAAUUUCGGCGGAUGUUCCUGUUGCUCCUCGUGUGCGCUGUAUGUUCAUU